UUUAAUGAUGGAAGAAUCUCAAGGUACAUCAAGAAUAGACGCUGCAGGAAAACCAUAUUCGUGUCAUGAGUGUCAAAAGGCAUUUUCUCAUAAAAGAAACUUAACCGUUCAUUUAAGAGUGCACUCUGGGUUGAACCCUUACACUUGUGAUGAUUGCCAGAAAACAUUCCCUUCGGCAGGUUACUUGAAACUUCAUUGUAACCUAAAGCACGCGGAAAAAAAGUUCUCUUGUUCCUUUUGUCAAAUGACGUUUUCUACAAAAGACUCCAUGGAGCGUCAUUUAAGAAUCCAUACCGGAGAGAAGCCAUAUUCUUGCGAUGUUUGUCAAAAGGCAUUUUCAGAAAAAGGGAACCUAAAGGUUCAUUUGAGGGUGCAUACUGGAGACAGACCGUACACAUGCGAUUAUUGUCAGAUGAAAUUUGCUUACAAAGCACACUUGAAGUACCACUUAAGAAAACACAAUGAAGACGAGCCAUAUUGUUGCGGUUUCUGUCGAUUGAAAUUCACCAAGCAAGAAAGCCUGAAGCGUCACUUAGAAACACACAUUGGACCGGAGCCCUAUUUAUGUCAACAUUGCCAAAAAACCUUCGCUCGGGAAGACCACUUGAAUGCUCACCUAAGCGUGCACUCUGAAGCGGAGCCCUACUCAUGCGAGAACUGCGAAAAGACCUUUGCUCGGAGAGUCGACUUGAAAACUCACUUUUUAAGAGAGCACAGUAAAGAUGACGCAUAUUCAUGUGAACAUUGCGAAAAGUCAUUUGCGCAGAAAAGCCACUUGAAAUCCCAUUUAAGAGCACACCUUGAGAAAAAGAUAUAUACGUGUAACUACUGUCAAAAGACUUUCUCCGUUGUGAGAAGCCUUAAUCAUCAUUUAAAAGUGCACUCUGGGGAAGAGCAAUACUCAUACUCCUGUGACUACUGUCCGAAAAAAUUUACUUUGGCAGGGAACCUGAAGCGUCAUUAUGUCAUGAAACACACCAAUCAAAAGCCCUAUACUUGUGAGUAUUGUCCAAAGGCAUUCGCCGAGAAAGGGCAGCUGAAGAUUCAUUUACGAGUGCAUACUGGGGAGAAGCCUUUUUCUUGCGAUCUUUGUGAGUUAAAAUUUACUUGCAGAGCAAGCGCGAAGCAACAUUUAAGGGUGCACACUGGAGAAAAGCCGUUCUCUUGCGAAUACUGUCAGUUAAAAUUUACUCGGAACUAUGGACUGCAGCAACAUUUAAAACUGCACGCUAGAGAGAAAAGUCAUGUCAACGCGACUAGUGUCUCAUAACGUUUCAUAGAAAAUCAGAGCUGAAUCAUCAUUUAGAAAUGCAUGAUGGAAAAAAGCCGUUUUCUUUUAAGCAUCGUCUAACGAUGUUUUGUUGGAAAGAUUGUCUAAAGCAUCAUACUGGAGAAAAGCC